AUGCUACUGCCAAGGAGAAGACCCUCAGUCUGGAGGCGUUGCUGGAAAGUAGGAAUACCGCCCCGCAACGCCCGACGAAGACUAUUAGCCAGAUGCCGCUUGCGAGAACCGCCUCUACGAGUACCCCGCUCAUGUCCGUGCGCUCCAAUUCCAUGGGCGAGAUUAUCGACCGCCCGAAGCUCCCUAUCUGAUCGUCCGACCUCGCCACUCACAUACUGCAAAUCCAGUCACGAUCCACCACCACCACUUUUUACGCGGCAAACUAAGAACCAAGCAGGGCAACGCCUGGCCCUGUUACAUAUGUGCUUCAUUUUAACAUCAUGGGAGCAGAGUUUUGACCCAAACUUAAACAGGGCAAUGCCGUCGACGCUCUGGCACAAUAUGCUACAGUACAACAAACCUUAUUGCUAACUAUGUAUCAAACUAUACUGUACACAAAUUGACAUGUGCACACAUGACCAA